UGGCUCCUGCAGAGCCAGCAUGGCGGACGCUAACGCUGCGGUGGUGCUGGUGACGGCGUCCCUCGUGCUGCUGGGGUUGCUGGCCGGGCUCAGUCUGCCGUGGGCGCUGCUGCCCGUCGCGGUGGUCGCCUUCAUCUUCGUGCUGGCGCGGAGCCUGAAGGCGCGCGACGAGUCGGCGCUGCAGAACGCGUGCGUGCUCGUGCUGGGAGACCUGGGGCGCAGUCCGCGCAUGCAGUACCACGCGCUGUCCCUCAGCCGUCACGGAUACAACGUCACGCUCAUCGGCUUCCUCGGUACUAAACCUCAUCAGGACGUCCUUGAAGACGACCGAAUAGACAUUGUGCCCAUUUCUGAACUCAAGGGGAUUCGAGUGGGACCUAAAAUCUUCAGAUAUGCCUCCAAGGUGGUUCUCCAGGCUGUUCAACUUCUUUAUGUCUUACUGAAGAUGGAAGAUCAGGCUUAUAUUCUUAUGCAGAAUCCUCCCGGGUUGCCAGGUAUUGCCGUAGCGUGGCUGGCGAGUCGACUGUGUGGAGCUCAGUUUGUGAUAGACUGGCACAAUUAUGGGUACUCCAUCAUGGCGCUCACUCUUGGAGAGAAGCACCUCAUCGUUAAGGUGGCAAAAUGGUAUGAGAAGUUUUUUGGACGUGUCUCUGAUUAUAAUCUGUGCGUCACCAAUGCCAUGAGACACGACCUUCAGAAGAAUUGGAACAUUAGGGCAACAACUUUAUAUGACAAGCCACCUUCAAUAUUUAGGGAAACGCCUCUGAAGCUUCAGCAUGAGCUUUUCUAUAGACUGGCCAGUGUUUACCCACAAUUCAGGGCUUGUCCUGAAAAGAGCAAGCAGAAUGCAGAGCUGACCACGUUUACAGAGUGCAACACUAAAACAGGAGGAGUGACCGCAGUGGCUGGACGACCUGCACUUCUCCUCAGCAGCACCAGCUGGACUGAGGACGAGGACUUCUCAGUUCUUUUAAAGGCACUUGAAGAUUAUGAAGGCUUUGUAGAAGAAGAGAGAAAUCUCCCGUCGCUGUUGUGCGUUAUUACAGGUAAAGGCCCCCUGAAGGACCAUUACAAGAAGAUAAUCGACUCCAAGGAUUUUAAACAUGUGCAGAUCUGCACUCCGUGGCUGGAAGCAGAGGAUUAUCCAGUUUUAUUGGGUUCUGCUGAUCUUGGGGUCUGUCUGCACACGUCCUCGAGCGGUCUCGAUCUUCCGAUGAAGGUGGUGGACAUGUUUGGCUGCUGCCUGCCUGUCUGUGCCAUAGACUUCCAGUGUCUGGAUGAGCUGGUGAAACAUGAGGAGAACGGGCUGAUCUUCAAGGACUCAUCAGAGCUCUCUCUGCAGCUAAAGAUGCUGUUCUCAGACUUCCCGAACGAGCAGGGAAAACUGAGCCUCUUCAGACAGAACCUCAGAGAGAACGGGCAGCAGCGUUGGGAUGAAAACUGGGACCACAACGUCCUGCCUCUACUCAAGGAACACUGUGACUGACCCACAGCAGAACAGCUGUGAUAGGUUAUUGGACUCACCACAGGUGGAGGGCUUUGGUCAGGGAUUUGUACAGGGUAUAAAAUACUACAUGUCAAUGUCCCUCUUUUGGGUCAUCGGCAUUCCAGCAAUUCCAGUGGAUAAGACUUGAAUACAAGAGCAAAAAGCACAUUUUCCAUGUAAAUGAGCACUUUAUUAUAAAAAGAGAUUCUGACCGUUUGGUCAACAGUGUAUCUUGAUUAUUUCUAUGGAGGACACCCGGGUGUAUGGGAAGACCUGUGUGACGGGAUGUGUAACAACGGCGUGUUUCAAUCCAGCCUUUCCUGUAUAAGAGAAAAAAAGCUUUGACCGUUUUGAAGAACGCCUGUUAUUGUUACAAUGUUCUUAGAUCAUUAUUAGUGUUGGAACGGAUGCAGUAAUAUAUUGACAUUAAACUCACCCAGUUCAUCCUUGAA